CGCCCCCAAAUGGACCAAAUCCCCCCCGCGGGCCCCGCAGGGGGGUACCUGUUAGGUACCCUCAGAGCUACGUCUGAGGGUACCCAGGAGGACCCCCGCGGGGGUGCAACCGGGUGAUGGCGGUGGUAACUGAGGUGUUUUGGAUGGACGACGGCGACUGCUGUUUGCGUGUUGGGGAUGUGCACUUUAAUAUCCAUCACAGCUUGCUUCUUCCAGAUGCCCUCCAGGAAAACCUGUUCACUCGGGCCGCAACUAGCACGGAGGCCGAUGGAUCCCCUGAGCAGCCCAUAGUCCUAGCUGGAGUCUCCGUCAAUGAACUGCGGUCCUUUCUUCGGUUCGCGUAUACCAAAAGCGAUAUUCCAGACCUUCGCUUGCUCGCCUUGAGGAGUCAAUUCCACGACCUCAUCCAAGCGACAGCGGUCGGUCGCCGGCUCAAGCUCGCUUCUUUCUGCCGCCGGAUGCAUCGACUCGUUCUUCGCGUCCUAUGCGCCGACGACGACGAGGUCUUGCGCAGCUGCUCCGUUGAGACAUACGUCUCGCUCCUCGAACUUAGCCGCCAGCACCCCGUCAAGAACGGAAAUCUGGAGGGACUCGUCGUCGAUGCGUGGAUCCGGCGUCUGGACGAGCUCGGCAGCAUCCAGACGGCGAUCGAAGUCGGCGAGUCGAUGAACCUGCGCAAGCUGCUCGGCUUCACGUACUACGCGGUGCUGAAGAUGCUCGACGCCGACGCCGCCGACGCGCUAGCCACCGACCCUUACACGAGCCGCGCAGUCCCGUUCUGCGUCCCCGCGGACCUCCUCCACCCGAUCCAUCGCGAGCGCAUCCUCGUCGGCGCGUGGUCGCUCAACCACGCAUGGAGCAGGAUCAUCAGCACCGUCCCGCCGCUGCCGACGCCCUGGUGCACGCACGCGGGCGCUCCUCGGCUGGAUCCGCGGUGCAACUGCCCCGGGUGGUGGGCGCAGGCGUGGGCCACGGCCGUGGCGGAGGUCCUGGUCGAGUUCGCCGAGUGCGACGUGCUGACGAAGCUCGCGCGGCUGCGCGCGGUUAUCCUGAGCGACCGCGCGAUCAGCUGUGUUACCGUCCGGAAUGCAGCGGACGGGAUCUUGAGGGGGAUGUUGAAGGACCUGAGGAGUGAGAUUCCGUCCCACUUUCUCGGCCCUGCACCGGGAGAAAGAGUCGUAAGACAACGCGCUCAAGAUAAGGGGCCCGAGCGAGAGGCGUCAUGUGCGCCGCUGUUACCUGCGGCUGAAAUCGUAUAGCUGAAGGAUGCAUGUUUAUUUGUAUAUAAUGU